CAAAACAAGCGAUACAUUACAAAAGUUCCCCCAAUAAUAGCCCGUGUGCCUAGUUCUUGAAGAGUUUAGUCAGUGAUCUUUAGCCGUGGACGCAACAACGCGUACUGGGUCUUACGGAACUAAGUUUUUUUUAUUCAUAUUCCAUACAAAAAAGAUCGCGCUCUUAUCUAGUCCAUUUCAAUUCAUUUUUGUUUGAAAUCAAAAAAGUUUAGAAAAAUCUAACUAAAGAAAUAACAACAAAAAGAGGCGAUAAUCUCUAUUUUACUGCGCUUUCAAUCAAUCUUCAAUACAAUUUACCUGCCUGCUUGAAAUAUUUAUUUUUAUUUUAAAAAAAAAACACAACUCAUAUCCACACCCACAAAAAACACAAACAAAUCUUAGCCAAAAUGUCGAAAUCAAAUGGAGGUAAAACAACCUAUGUACCCACAGAGUUUCAAUUCUAUUCACCCAAGGAAAAGCAAUCAAUAGGCCAAUUCAUACACAACAGCAAAGAUGGCACAUAUUUUGGACGCACACCUAAAAGUUGGGGUCAAUUGAUGUUAUUUUAUGGUAUUUUCUACAUUGUAUUAGCUGGUUUAUUUACAAUUUGUUUGGAAACUCUAUUUUCCACAUUGAGUGAAAAAGAGCCCAAAUGGAAACUGGGAGAAUCGUUAAUUGGAACAAAUCCCGGCAUGGGUUACCGCCCCUUAACUGAUGAAAUGGAUCUUGGUUCCGUUAUAAAGUUCCACACUCAACAGAAUGAGUCAAAGAAGAAAUGGAUUAAUUUGUUAGACGAUUAUAUGAAAGACUACAAUGGAUCCCAUGUUGGAAAGAUUUGCGGUUUCAAUCAAACCCACCAUGAAAACGAUGUCUGUCAUGUGGAUAUUAAUCAAUUUGGUGAUUGUUCUUCACAAAAGGAAUAUGGAUACAAUAAUUCCCGUCCAUGUGUGUUCUUGAAAUUGAACAAGAUUUUCGGCUGGUUGCCCGAAUACUACGAUGAUCCCGUUGAAUUGCCCGAAGAUAUGCCAGCACAAUUGAAAGCACACAUCAAGGAUGUCAAGCCUUUGGAGCGUCAACAAAUCUGGAUUUCUUGUGAUGGCACCAAUGCCGCAGACAGAGAGCACUUGGGUGAAGUUAAAUUCUAUCCCUCACAAGGUUUCCCCGCCUACUACUAUCCCUUCAUCAACCAGCCCGGUUAUUUGAGUCCCUUGAUUGCUGUGCAAUUCGAAAAAUUGCCCAUGAACCAAAUGGUGAAUAUUGAAUGUCGUGCCUGGGCGAAAAACAUCAUUUACAAUGGCAGCAUACGCGAUCGCAAGGGCUCCGUUACCUUCCAAAUCCUAAUCGAUGAUACAGAUGAGAAAAAGAAAUCUAUUGAUGCACCAAUUAAAGAAAUUAAUUCUACCAUUACAACAACUGAAAAAUCUAUUUAGAGAGAAAAAGUAAAUUAUUUAAAUAAAAUCAAUCGCACAAAUAAAUAGAAAAAAAUAAGCAAAGCAAAGAAAAGCAAAACAAAUUAAAUUAAAUCAAAUCAAACAGUAAAAACCUCAACGAAAUCAAAUGAAUUUGAAUUUAAAUUUUGUACUCGUAUGUGAUUUUGUCUGUUUUUUACAUUUGUUUGUUACAUUUAUACAAUAAAUAAAUAAAUUCUUCAUAAUUAUUUUAUUUCUUUGGCCAUAAAACAGAGAGAGAAUGUUUAUCAUGUGUUAUUUAAUGUUAAUUAAUUAAUUAAAUUGUAAAAGUGUUAAGUGUAGAAUGUACAUACAUAAUUUCAUACUACAAGAUACGUUAUAAUAGAUACCCCACUAAACAGACAUAUAGAAAAUUUUUCUUUAUAUUUAAACACUUUUAGCUAAACAAAAUAAUAUUUACAAAACUGUAUUUGAAUUUAAAAACAAAGAUAGGGAAAAAAACUCGGUUAAAUUUGUAUUAAUUAUAUUUAUAUAUUAUACUAUAUUGGAUUAUAUGUCUCUUAUCAAAGUAUCUAUCUAAAUAACUGUCAAUCAUAUCUUGUUGUAUUUCAAAUUUCCUUCUUCUUCUCUUACUGUUACUAUUAAUCUUUACGAAAACUUUUUGUUGAAUACACUGCACUUUGCCCUAAAGUGCAGACAUUUCAAUAUUUCAAAACCCUUGUUUAUUUAUGUAAUUAUAUUUGUUUGUAUUUUACCAAAAACUUUAAGAAAAAAACUUAUAAAUUUACAAAAAAUAUUUUGUUAAAAUUUCCAAAAAAAAAAAAACAUUGUUUCAUUUUUACGCCCUCCGCCCCUUUUGAAUUUUUAAUUUGAGCAACUUUUACAAUUAUUUAUAGAUAAAAACGUGCAUAGCCAAACAUUUUUCUAGUGACAUUUCUAAUUUUACAGUAUUGAGGGUGCCCACAAAUUACCCUCGUCUUUCCAUAUAAAAUUUCUUUUAAAUUCAAUUCAAAAUUAUUUUUCAAUUACACACAUACUUACUACAUAUAUACUAUAUACCUGGCAAUAUUUGUUACCAAAUUUCAUAUAAUAUUUACAAAAUGUACACCUAAAUCAUUUAAUUUAAUUUAAACUUUUUAUUAAAUUUAAUAAAAACCUUUAAGAAAUAAAAAUAAUACAAUAAAAAUUUGUUAAAUAAAACAA